CCGCGUACAGCAGAUCACAACUCCAAACGGUCAGGAUAUUUCGUAGAAAGGGAACCCUAAUUGCGAUUUCUGGUUGAACAAUAAGAACACCGUCGUCUUCCCCAAAUUCCAUCGGAAAAUUGUGCGAAAUCUCGUUCCGAAAAAGUAGACAGACAUGGGGAACACGGAGAAGCUGAUGCAGCAGAUCAUGGAUCUGAAAUUCACAUCGAAGAGCCUGCAGCGGCAGGCGCGGAAGUGCGAGAAGGAGGAGAAGGCGGAGAAAUUGAAGGUGAAGAAAGCGAUUGAGAAAGGAAACAUGGACGGAGCGCGGAUCUACGCCGAGAAUUCCAUCCGGAAGCGCAACGAGCAGAUGAACUACCUCCGUCUGGCGUCGCGGCUCGACGCCGUCGUCGCGCGCCUCGACACGCAGGCGAAGAUGAACGUGAUCAGCAAAUCGAUGGGGAACAUCGUCAAAUCGCUGGAGUCGUCGCUCACCACGGGGAACCUUCAGAAGAUGUCGGAGACGAUGGACCAGUUCGAGAAGCAGUUCGUGAACAUGGAAGUGCAGGCGGAGUUUAUGGAGAGUUCCAUGGCGGGGAGCACGUCGCUGUCCACACCUGAGGGAGAGGUCAACAGCCUGAUGCAGCAAGUGGCCGAUGAUUACGGCCUCGAGGUUUCCGUCGGGCUUCCGCAGCCGGCGGCGCACGCAGUCCAGACCAAAAACAGUGAAACGGUCGAUGAAGACGAUCUCUCCAGGCGUCUUGCAGAGCUCAAGGCGCGUGGGUGAAUUGAACAUCUGAAGAAUCAAUCAUAUUGGUACCUAAGCUAUUAUUCUAUAUAUGGCACGGAAUUACUACUCCUUAUUUAUGUUAUUUGUGUCUUGUAGAGUAAACCUCUCAAUUUCUUUAAAUUCUGGAAUAUGCUGUGUAUAAAUUUGCUUUCUCGCUUUCAUUAAGCUCUUCUUUGAUGGGGUUUGGAUUUGAUUUUGGUUUAUCUAUUUGUUCUCGACACUUUGACAUGUCUUGAUGAUGUUUAUAUGGUGUUUGGUUUUGCUAUAUAUGCAUGUUUUAUGA